UCAAAUGUCUUCAAUAGUUCUUCUUGACUUAUCACACAACAAUCUUUCGGGAGAAAUUCCAAAAUGCAAUGGUAAUAUUUCCAGCUAUAAGAUGCUAAAGUUUAUCAGCCUGUCAUACAACAACUUGAGUGGUUCAAUUCCACAUUGGAUAGGGAACCUACAGAGGUUAUUAUCAUUGAACCUCAACAACAAUGUUUUCCGAGGGGAGAUCCCACUUUUCAAAAAUUGCAACAAGCUUAUUACCCUUGACUUGGGAGAAAAUUAUCUUACAGGAAGCAUACCUUUAUGGAUUGGAGAAAAAUUAUUAUCCCUAAAGAUCUUACGCUUACACUCAAAUAAAUUCCAUGGAUCAAUUCCCUUGGAGCUAUCCAAACUAAAAAAUCUACAGAUCUUGGAUCUUGCAAAUAAUUUUCUUUCAGGGUCAAUCCCAAAAUCUUUUAAAUUUCUCAAUUCAAUGGUCAUACAAAAUAAGAGGCUUGCACCUCCAAUUUAUAACGAUGGUCCUUCAUUUCCAUUCAACGACAAUGAAGUUUUUAUGGCCAUGAAUCUUAUAUUCAGUCCAGGCGAACUUUUAUCUGAUUCAAUAAAGAUCGACAUAAAAGGAGUAGUUCGUGAAUUCAAAGGCAUACUCUCUCUUGUGAACAUUAUAGAUCUUUCUUGUAAUAAUCUCACUGGUGAAGUUCCUAUUGAAUUAAUGAGCCUUGUUGGAUUGAUGAGCUUGAAUUUAUCGAGAAACCAAUUCACGGGAAAGAUACCAAAGAAAAUUGGUGUUAUGCAAAGCUUAGAAAGUUUGGAUCUCUCAUGGAACUAUUUCUCAGGAAAUAUUCCAGAGAGCAUUGCGACGCUCAGUGCAUUGAGUUAUCUCAACUUAUCCUACAAUCAAUUGUUUGGUAGUAUCCCAACGGGGACCCAACUUGACACUUUCCAUGAAUCAAGUUACUACGGAAAUCCAAAACUUUGUGGAGAACCACUACAUAAGAUUUGCGAAAAUGAUGAACAUAAAAUAAAUGACGAAGGAGACAAUUCUCAAGAUGAUGAUCGUUUUGGUUUGUACCUCGGUAUGGGCCUUGGUUUUGUUGUUGGACUGUGGAGUGUAUUGGGGACCUUAUUGCUCAAGAGGUCUUGGGCGACCACUUAUUUCCAAUUCCUUGAUAAAGUGAUAGAUAAUAUUUAUGUAUUUGUCAACAUAAAGGUGAAUCAAUGGUUUAAUAAAUAAAUAUCAUAAUU